AAUUUAAAAAAAAAUGUAUUGCAGGUUCGUACAGAUGACUCAACAUCAGACGAUAGCUCACAGGCAAUACAGUACACAGUAAAUACGAAAAUUUCUCAGUCACAGCUUUACCCAGAUAACAAUACUACAAGCAUAGGACUACGUCGUUUACACUCCUAUCCUAGUGGAUCAGAUACUGAUACAAGUCCACCACAACCUAUGAGACCGAUUGGUAAACCACCCGUGCCAGAACGUAAUUCAGAUCUUCUAUCCAAAGUGAACGGUAAACGAAUUCCUCCUCCUCCUCCUCCUCGCACUAGUUCACGUAGCCCUUUAGCCAGUCCAACAAGCCCAAAUAUGCCUGAUCAUCAAUCUCUAGAUAUUUGUCUAAGUUCGAUUAACCUUGAACAUUAUUCAAAAGAAUCUGAAAUAGAUUCAAGCUUUGAAUCAUUUGACUCGGAUAAUUCACAACGCCAGCAAGUAUUAGAAGAGCGCCAUCAAGAAUUAUUAAAGAAACAAAAGCAGUUGCAAGAGCAAUAUCAAAAACUGCAGCAAUUGAAUAAAAAUAGUAUACCUUUGGCAUCUUCCACCAUCAAUGAUGAUUUAAUAGUAACCCGCGAACUGAAUUUUCCCGGUAAAUUAAGACCCAUGAAAAAUAGUGAUGAAAGCUGCAUAGAAAUGACUAAUAUGCAAUCGGCCACUAAUGGAAACAUUCCUUCAGAUACUACUAACGACCUCAACUUAGUAUCCGGCUCUGUAAUGAAUAUUUCUAAAACAACAAAUAAAGUUUAUGAAACUGAUAUACUGUGAAAUAAAUUCUGGUGUACCACAUAAUCACAGCACACAA